AGCUAUAAUACAAUAUUGUUGUAUGCUCUGACACUCUUUUAAGACUUUUGUCUUUUGAUUUUUGGAGACUUUUGAAGAAUUUUCGAUCUGGGCCAUUGUUGCUGAGGCAGAAAAGACAGAGUGAAGUCCUAUUGGUCUUCAGCAGGAAAUCUAACGUCACUUCAGCAUCAUGUCGGAUAAAUCCAAGGUUUACCCGGGAGUCCGCGUCAAGACCACAGUGAGAGAACUGCUCCAGAGGCACCGUGCCCGCGAGGCCAACAGAACACAUGCCAAACCGCUCGUGUCCCAGGCGUGUUUGGAUCUGCAGGAGCUCUCUGCGUCACUCUAUCCAACUGCUCCUGCUCCAGUGUCUGACCUCAGCAGCCUCCAAGUGUCUUAUCCUGCCUCAUAUUCAGUCAGCGAGAGCCUGUCCUCCAGCCAGACGCAGGACCUGAACACCUAUAACAACAACUUUCAGCAUCAGCUUUGGGACGCUGUGCUACCUGGCAACAGCGGCCCCGGCAACCAUCUCCAUCCGCAUAUUUACCAGCAUCAGCAAAAUCCACCGCAGCAUCACAGUGGACAACACCAGCCGGGCCUCCCUCCCUCGUGGAACCAAGCACUGUCAUCAGACGCAGACUAUUACGGGCCUGGCAUGACUUCUUGUUCCCCGGCUGACUCUCUAAAGAUGUGCAGCCCCGAGGACCACAGCGGCUACUCGCCUCAUAACUCCUUCUCCUCCUCUUCCUCCACUUCUUCGUCGUCCUGCUACGACUCGCCCAGCCGCUUGGAGUCUAGUUUCUGCAGCCCUGAACCGUACCUUUACACCCAGCACUAUCUGUCCCAGGACUCUUACAACGUGGCCCACUUGUGCAUGGGUCAGCAGGAGAGCUUCACGUCUGAAUACGCUCCGUGUUACACCUCCAUGGACUAUGUGUACCCCUGCACUGACGAGAGCUUCUACAAGAGAGACCUGACAGCAGAAAUCUACAAUGCUCUAUGAUGCAGCAGCACGGAGCCUGUGUCUGUAAAUACUGUCCAUGUCAAAGUGUUAGACUGUACAUUUCAGCUUGUGCUUGUAAUUACCCUCUACUUUGGUUGGGAGUGAUUGUGACCUGAUGAAAUCCUUAAUGGAUACAACUCAACUUUUGGUAUUUUUAUAUCAAUAUUAUUUUUUACCACUGAGAUUUAUUUU